ACAAAGUGAAGAGAGGUGAAGAGGACUGAUAACGAUUGUACCUUAUAAACUUUGUGUCAUUGUACCUAACUGAACAGUGAUCAAAAACAAAUCAAGAAGGAUGGAUCAGCUUCCAGCUACUUUCGUGCAAGACUUUCACGACGAAGCCAGUGUACGAAAAAUGAAGUAUGUUUCAUUUGGAAACACUGGAUUGAUGGUCUCUAAAAUAUCACUUGGAACCGGCACUUUAAGUAAAUUCUACGGGGAUCUUGGAGAAAAGGAGGGAGUCAAAGCCGUCCAUUUAGCGUUGAAGAAAGGCAUCAACUAUAUCGACACAGCCCCCUACUAUGGACAAGGUCGCUCGGAGGAAAUCCUUGGGCAAGCUUUGAAAGAUGUACCCCGUCGAGCGUACUAUGUGGCAACCAAAGUUGGACGUUACGAGCUGGAGUACGAUAAGAUGUUUGAUUUUAGUGCCCAGAAGACACGUGCCAGUGUCGAGAAGAGCCUUGCAUUGUUGGGUGUCGAGUGCAUAGAUGUUGUACAGAUUCACGAUGUAGAAUUCGCUGCCGAUUUGAAUGUAAUCUGGAAUGAAACGCUUCCGACCUUGGAAGCUCUGAAGGCCGAAGGAAAGUUGAAAUACAUUGGUGUGUCAGCUUAUCCCAUGGAUCCCUUAAAGAAGGUUAUCUCCGGUGCGCCUGGACGAUUUGACACCGUACUCUGCUACUGUCGCAAUACACUGAUAGAUGACUCACUGAAGGAAUAUCUUCCGUUUUUCAAAGCGAACAACCUAGCAGUGAUUUGCGCCUCUGGUCACGGUAUGGGUUUGCUGACCAAUGCAGGGCCUCAACCAUGGCAUCCAGCACAGGACCAAACGAAGCAAGUCUGUCGGGAGGCAGCUGAAUAUUGCAAACAACACGGGGUCGAGCUGGGAAAGCUUGCAAUGUAUCACUUCAUUCAGCUGGACGGACCAUCCACUUUUCUAAGCGGAAUGCAGAGCGAAGAAUUGGUUGACAUCAACUUGGCAGCAUUUUUCAAUGGACUAACACCGAAGGAACGUGAGGUUUUGGAUUAUUUGAACGAUCGAGUUUUCCCCAAAGUGAACGCCAAAAACUGGGAAGGAAUAGAGGUAGAGCGAUAUUGGAGUGCAAUGAAAUCCACAAGUAACUGACAUGUAACAAAUCACCACGGAUGUUGAACGUUUUCUGGCACAGGGGUACACCAACAAAUUAUAUUUUCACAUAGACUUCUUUCAUGAAGAAUGUAAGGAUCUUUUAUACUGCAUUGCAAUUUACAUUUAUGUGAGCCAUUUUGCCGAUACAAUAAAAUAACGGGUAAUUUUCA